UUGAAAAGAUAAAAAAAAGGUAUUAAUUACCUUCUUUCUGUUCGGUGAUACAAUACUCUCCUUUAUACCCUCCGUUUCAAAUUACGAUCUCAAAAUUUCAAAAUUUCCAUACUCUGUCGCCGCGUAAUCACAGCAUUUAUCUGGCUUGUGUGAUGCCCUAGUUCCCUGAGAAUUGGGAUUCCUUCGAAGAGUUUCUUUGUGCUACUCUUGAUGGGUGCACCAAAACAGAAAUGGACUGCAGAAGAAGAAGCAGCCUUAAAAGCUGGUGUUAUUAAACAUGGGGCUGGCAAGUGGCGCACAAUACUUAAAGAUCCUGAAUUCAGUGGUGUCUUGUAUAUGCGAUCAAAUGUGGAUCUCAAGGAUAAAUGGAGAAAUAUGAGUGUAAUGGCAAAUGGGUGGAGCUCCCGUGAAAAGUCUAAAUUAGCUGUUAAAAGGGUUCAUCAUCAUGUCCCAAAACAGGAAGAGAAUCCUAUGUCUCUUUAUACUGUUGCUCAAAGUGAUGAAGAUGUUUCAGAUACUAAAUCUACUGUGAUUGCCAAUUCUUUAACGCAGACUGGUGGUCCGAAGAGGACAACUGUAAGGCUGGAUAAUCUUAUAAUGGAGGCUAUAACUAGCUUGAAGGAGCCCGGUGGUUCUAAUAAGACAACAAUCACUGCAUAUAUAGAGGAACAAUACUGGCCACCUCAUGACUUCAAGAGGAUAUUGUCAGCUAAAUUGAAGUAUUUGACAUCAAACGGCAAGCUGAUUAAGGUUAAACGCAAAUAUAGGAUUGCACCUACUUCAACAUUUUCUGACAGGAGGAGGAAUUCUUCCAUGUCAUUCUUGGAGGGAAGACAGAGGAUAUCUCCUAGAGUUGAGAGGGAUGAUUUUAAUAUGCUUACAAAGUCUCAGAUUGAUUUGGAGCUGGCCAAGAUGAGAACGAUGACUGCACAAGAGGCUGCUGCAGCAGCUGCUCGAGCAGUUGCAGAGGCAGAAGCUGCUAUAGCAGAGGCUGAAGAGGCUGCAAGGGAGGCAGAGGCUGCAGAAGCAGAUGCUGAAGCAGCACAAGCAUUUGCAGAAGCUGCUAUGAAGACACUAAAAUCAAGGACACCACCGAAUAUGAUGGUCCGAGCUUGAUGGAGAUGGUCAAGGAGGAGCAAUGAGAUAGUUGAUAGGCACUGAAAUACAUAUUUAUUGCAUGCUGAUGUUGCACAUUUGUAAAUAUGGAAGGCCUCUUUUGCAGGGUAUACAAUAUAUUUAGCUGUGGAUCCUGCUGGUUAGCUAGAUUUCAAUUGCAUAGGCAGCUUUCCUUUUUAAAUAGUUACAAAUGAUAAUUUGUUAUUUUCUUUUUCCCUUUUCUCUACAACUUACUCUUUGUGGUCGGUCCUUGUUGCCAAGAACUGGAGCAACUAUUGUGAUAAGAGUUGCUUGUUUGUAGCAUUCAGAAGAAGAAAUUUGUUUUAUUGGUUUUGGAAUUUGUUAGGGCAUACAAUACAAGCCCUAAUCAGGUUCAGAACAUAGCUUAAUCCAUGCACAUGGAGAAGCAUGUGCUUGAAGUAGUUCUCUUUAUGCAAAAUGACCUUUGUAAUCAGAUGUAGGAUUGUAGGAAUCUUUUUAGUUGCUGUUGAUUAUGAUUCUAAAUAAGUGAUCUUGUAUUCCUUGUUUGAUGUAA